GAAAAAAUGGCUGCCGAACGAUGAAGACUUGCCACUUGUGACUUGCAAUUUUCGUUGCCUGCGUCUUUAUAAAACUUGAAAAUAUUUCUUGAAUACAACAGACAUGUCGAAGUCAAUGAUUGUACGAGUGCAGUCACCUGAACAUGGCACCAAAAGAAUCCAGACAGUGCCCUCUGAGAGGGUCACAGAUUUUCUUGAUAAGAUUAAAUCUGAUUUCUCUCUUGCAUCAACCGGAUGGACAAUUUACCAGAAUCGUAACAAAACAGGGGAGAUUAGGCCUACGAAGUCAAAGACAUUGAGUGUCCUGAAAAUCAAGCAUGGGGACAUGCUCUACCUGGAUUCAGAUGGCGCCUCAGGGAGUGGAGAAUCUGAGAGUCUCUUUGACAAAGUCCGCAAGGGUUCCAUCAUCAGUGGGAACGGCUCCAGGAGAGGGUCUCUCAUUGCUGGGGACAACUCGAGGUCGAUGUCUGGAUCCGCAAAGAAGCAGGUGCAGGUGAUAGAGGAUGAAGUGGACCAAAUUCUCGAAAAACAAUCCGGAAAAAUAGACAGGAGCAAAAAUGAACAACUAUGCAGACAUGGACCACAAGGCAAAUGUUUACAUUGUGUCCCACUAGAGCCGUAUGAUGAAGCAUAUCUGAAAAGCCGAGAUCCGCCCAUCAAGUUCCUGUCCUUCCAUUCUUACAUCAGGAAGCUCACAGGAGGUGUCGAUAAAGGAAAGUUUGCCACACUAGAGAAUUUGAGUUGUAAAAUCAAGCCAGGUUGUACAGAGCAUCUGCCAUGGCCGGGAGGUAUCUGCACUAAAUGUCAACCAAAUGCUGUCACACUCAAGACACAGAAAUAUAGACACGUUGACUACAUAAACUUUGAGAACCCGGUUAUAGUGGAGAGAUUCUUGAAUUACUGGCGUUUCACGGGCAACCAAAGAAUAGGCAUCCUCUACGGCCGAUACGAGCCUCAUAAAGACGUCCCGCUUGGAAUCAAAGCUACUGUUGCUGCCAUCUAUGAACCACCUCAGAAAAAUGCGCCGAACAGUGUCGAGUUAUUGGAAGACGAAAAUGAAGGCAUCGUUGACAGUAUAGCAGAGAGUUUGGGUCUUAUUCGAGUUGGUUGGAUAUUCACUGAUCUGGUGGCUGAUGAUCUGAAAAAGGGUACUGUCAAAUGUUUCAGAGGAAGUGUGGAUUCUCAUUUCUUGAGUGCUGAAGAGUGUAUAAUGGCGGCAGAAUUCCAGAAUAAAUAUCCUAAUCCUUGUAAAUUGUCUUCUGAUGGUCAUUUUGGAUCAAAGUUCGUCACAGUUCUUGUCACAGGCGACACAAAUAAUCAGAUUCAUUUCGAAGGUUAUCAAGUGUCUGACCAGUGUAUGGCCCUCGUGAGAGAUGACUGCUUGGUGCCGACGAGGGAUGUUAUGGAGUUAGGUUAUGUCAAAGAAUCGACAAAUGAGCAAUAUAUUCCUGAUGUGUUCUAUACACAAAAGGACAAAUACAACAAUGAGGUUACAAAGUUAGCCCGGCCACUGCCCGUGGAGUACCUGCUGGUUGAUAUGCCUGCUGCUUUUCCAGUAGAACCUAUACACACAUUUGCUGUUCCUGCAGAGAAUAAAAAGCAGUUUCCCGUUGAGAAUAGGGCGAAUGUAGGCGAAAUCCAGGACUUUUCUGCCUUUGCGACAUAUAUGCAUCAGUACCCAGAGCCAGACUUAUUCCUGGCAGCCACGUCAGACUUUCAUGUGCUAAUAUUUAUGACUACUUGUGAUAUGCUACCACUCAAAGAGAAAAUGGGUCGGCUGUGUGAGGCAGUAAGGAAUAAAGAUGAGGACAUAGCGUAUCACUGGUCUCGAACGGAAGAGUGGCAAACUGUUGUGCAUCUCUUAGACUCUCAAGUGCCAUCACCACCCGUCUCGAGACAAGGCUCAUUCGUCGGACCAAACGCUUCACCUUUACCGCCAAUAGGUAGCACCGCUGAGAAGUGGACUUGUAGCCAUUGCACGUUCCUAAACCCUGCUGAGAAAGACUCGUGUGAAAUGUGUAGUUUACCAAAUCAACGAUUCUAGGACAUUAAUAACACUGACUGACAGUAGUAUCUUGUGCAAUGGGGUCUCAUUUGUCUAACCAGAUUCUCAUGGAUUUUCAAUAGGAGACUUUGGGAGUGACCUGGCCACAAAAUAGUAAAGGGCUGCCACCUGGUAUUUUUCAAACAAUAACAUGGAUGUUGGACCUUUCUCCGUCUCGUCUGGUGACAUAAUGUGUGCUUCAGACAUUUGCAGAGCUGUCCAUUUGAAGUUUUAAGGAAUUAUUACCAAUGCUGGUGGUCGUUGGUUGUCUAAUCAAGUCAGCUGGUGUAGGUGAAAAAUGCUGACCAAAUCCCAAGACGUAAUUUGAGGUCUGCCUGCACUGUCUUGAUGAGGCAACCAAGGGCCCACAGUAAGGUAUUCUAAAAUGGCUCAAAGUUACAUGUGCCAUCGCAUUAAAACAUCGCAAGGCUUGAAAACAUAUUUUCCAUUGCAGAGUCAUUGACAUCGUGUGACCGAGGCCUUUCAGAGUGCAUGACCCAAAUGGAUUCGCAGCGCGUGCGUAAAACUUUGUGCUCUGCUAGACUUGAUGCAUACAUGUAGUAUCAUUUGUUUUCAAUGUAGCAGUUUAAAACUUGCCACCAGAGCUUUUCCUCGAUCAACCUCCUGGUGAUGAGCGUCGGUUACGUCAGGCCAGUUCUUCAUCGUUACGAUCACAGCUGCAAAUUCCUCUGCUCCGAUACAUUUUUGCACUCAGAAUUUUUUCAGAAGACACAGGGAGAACCUGAUAGAAUCACGUUGGAAACCUGCCCGUGAUUGUCAGUUGUGACGUCAUCAAUCAAACAAUUGACAAAGUUCUUUGUAAUGAUGCUCUCGAAGUCCAAAAUUGUAGAGUUCAGAAAGUAUCUGCAGUCCUCUCUUUGUGCACAGUGACACUUUUGUCUGUCAUAAGUUCUCUGAUAUUUUUGUACAUUAUAUGUACAGUGCUUGUACUUUUGUCUAAACUUAUUCUGUUUUCUUUAAGGAAGUUUUGUGUAAAUAUUUUGUUAAACUGUUCUGUGCAUCGGCUAGACUUCUCUUUAUUUUCCAUUCUGGUGGUAAUGCUUUUAGACUGAAGUGCUUUAUACAUCUUUUCAGGGUAUUAGAAUGUAUUGGAUCUUCUGUUAUCAUACAUGUACAUAUACUGUAGUAAUUGGAAAAAGUGGCUGGCUAGGGAAAUCAGGAUAUGCCUCGAUCUUGAUUCAUACAUGUACAUGUACAUGUAAUGUGAAGCCAUGCAGAGCCAUAAAAAUCUGUGUUGUAUGUUGUACAGCGUAUAAAUAAUAAUCUUGGCCUUCUCUGAUCUCCUGCUGGGGCCACUUAUUCCACUUCCUACGUAUUGUUCAGUACUGUACAUGUAUAUUCAGCCCAAAUUAAAAAACGAACGCAACGUUUUUGACACAUGUUUUACUUUCAGGCUGCAUUUACAUAGAAGUCACUUGUCACAAUUCACACAUGUGAUGAAGAAGUAAUUUCCAACAUCUGUGUGUCACUAUGAAAAUUCUUUUGUUCGCGCAUGGGUCAUGACACGUGACUUCUAUGUAAACUUGGCCUAAUUUGAGAUUUUCAAUUUGUUUGCCUUGCUUACAAAAACCUGCCAAAUUUUCACUGGUGUUUUAUUUAUGCGGAUUUGUGUCUGAGGUUAAUCUGAGUUUGUACAUUUCACAUGAGAAUACUUGCCAAUUGUGAAGCAUGCGAGCAAAAUUGCCCUUCCUCCAUCUGUCCUCGAACAACUUGGGAAAAUGGCAGCGUUGUAUUGCCUCAUUUCUCAUACCUACUUUUCCCGCGUUUGCUGACAUGCUUUAAAAGUGGCACAGUUGUAGAGUUUAUAAUAACCAUUGGUUGUUUAUGCUUGAAUAAAUCACUGGUCUAA